UCCAAUUUCGCUCGAGCUCUCCGAUCGAAUCCCUAGUGCUUCUCGUCCUCUUCCCAUCGGGAACCCUAGCUUCGUUCACGGAGAUCCAAGGAGUUGUCUGACCGCCAUGGCCUCCAGAUCAAGGCGUGGAGAUUCUAGGAACGGUGAGCGCGAUGGUGCUUCUCCCGGGAAGAUCUUUGUUGGUGGUCUCCACAAGGGCGCUGAUGAUCGCUUAUUCAGGGAGCAUUUUGAAAAAUAUGGUGCAAUUGAUGAUUCUGUGAUAAUGAGAGACAAACAUACCAGGCAGCCUAGAGGGUUUGGGUUUAUAACGUAUGCUGAUCCUUCUGUUGUUGAUAAAGUCAUCGAGGAUACCCAUGUCAUCCUUGGAAAACAAGUUGAGAUUAAAAGAACCAUUCCAAGAGGAUCUGCCAAGGACUUCAAAACAAAGAAGAUCUUCGUUGGUGGAAUACCAUCCUCUGUGACUGAUGAUGAAUUCAAGAAUUUCUUCUCCAAAUAUGGCAAAGUCCUAGAACACCAGAUAAUAACAGAUCACUCUACCAAUCGUUCUCGUGGUUUUGGAUUUAUAGUUUUUGACAGCGAGCAAGUUGUAGAUGAUUUGUUAGCUAAGGGAAAUAUGAUUGAUCUAGCUGGUAGUCAGGUGGAGAUCAAGAAGGCUGAACCAAAGAAAGCCUCAAAUCCACCCUCUUCUGCAUAUGGUAGUAAUUUUAGAGCCCGCUCUUUUGGUGAUGGUGAUGGUGAUGGUGAUGGUGCUGGUGGAUUUGGCAGCUCUUAUAGUGGUUUUGGCAGUAGUGGUUUUGGUCCUGCGCCAUAUAGGGGUCUUGGAGGUUACGGUUCUAGGCUCGGGGGUUAUGGUGGUGGUGGUGGUGGUUAUGGUCCAGAUGUUGGUGAAUUUGGUGGUGGUUAUGGUGGUUUUGACAGUCACUUAGGGGUGUACCGAGGAGAUUCUUCCCUUAAUUAUUCUAGUCGUAUUGGGUCAUUUGGCGGAGGAUUCCCUGGGGGUUAUGGUGGCAGUGGCUUAGGCAGUGGUUAUGUGCGUGGUGAGGCCUUUGAUGGUUACGGGAAUACUAGCUAUGGGAGUGGGUAUGGUUAUGGGUCUGGUGCUGGUUAUGGCUCAGGUGGCAUGUACGGUGCUAGAGGAGGAUAUGGUGGUCCUGGUAGGUAUCACCCAUAUGCACGCUAGGAAAGUGGCACUGUACAGCAUCUCUCUUUAUGUCUUUCUUCUAGGCUUAUUCAUGCAGGUCUCACUAGUUUAGCUCGAAGGCAAAGUUGCUUCCACUUCAGUAUAUAUUUCAUCGUUGUACUUUGCCAGUCAUUCUGAAGGACGACUUCCAUCCAGGCUGGCCAGUUCAUUACUAAGAUUGCUAAGAUCACUUUAUCUUGUCUAGUAUUGUGAACUAGAAAACUUGUGAGCGUUUUUUUUUUCAUUUAGUUGUUUCUAGAUUAGACAAUCGUCUGUAUUAACUUGGUUUGUGGAAUCUAUAGAACUACUUUGGAUUGCCUACUCUCUAGUUUUUAAUUGACAGGUCUUUACAACACCAUCUGGUUUAGAGACUGAAUUGAUUGGAUGCAUGGCUCUGUUAAUAGAUAGUUCUCUUGACUGAUUUUGCAAUGUAUGCCUAGUUAGUUGGUGGCUUACUCCAAUCUUUAUACUGAUGUUAUUGUGGAGUAGUGUUUGUUGUGGACUCUCAUAGAUUUCUCUUGAGUUUGUAUUUUCGUUCAGAUUUAGGCUAUUAGACUAGAUGCUGACUAAAAUUGUUUCUAGUUUUGGCUGAUUGGUUGCAAUCAGCGCAACUUGUAUUGAGUGCCGCAUUGUUCAGUGCUAAAUGAAUAUGCAGGAGUGGUCUGUUGGUCUGGAAGACUGUUGCUCUCUGUCCUUUAUUCCUUAAUGUGCUCUGAGGAUAAGCCUGGCAGUGAAUCUAUAUGUUUUAUGAUAAGAUGGGAUGCCAAAAUAGUUCAAUAUCAAUGCUGGAACUAAAUUGUCUGCCCUAUGGUACUUGCAUUAUUUUGUUCUGUGUGUUUGCAGAAUAAAGCUAUUGCAUUUGUUCUCAUGAGCAAAUGCGUCUAUGGGAGGAAAAGAAGAUUGCAUUUAUUCUCUUCAACUUUGUUUUUGUGCUUAUUCAGUAUAUAUAUAUAUAUAUUUUUUUUCUUUUCAA